AUGAAAUUGUUGAGAAGUGAAAAAUGGCUUGAAAAGGUUUCAAUUGAAACGAAAGCCAAAGUGUUGGGUGUCUCACCCUCGACGGCCCGCCUCAACAACUUGUAUGACGAUGUCGAAGGGAAGUCUGGAAGAAAACGAGAAAUUAAUCAAUCGAGAAUGCCGUUGUUGUUGGAAACAAUUCGAGAAAGACAAAACACCACCAAACCAAUCACCACCAAAAAGAUGGGAAAUGUUGCAGAAGGAGUUGUUGGGAAGAAAGUAUCAAAAAGAACCAUCGCAAACAGUUUGAGAAGGGAGGGUUUAAUUAAGAAGAUUGCAAAACCAAUGGAUAAAGAGAGAGCUGAGUAA